AUGUCGUCUGAGCCUACAAAAGUGGACGUAGAGUACAUUAGUGAGGAAAAACUAUUAAAGGAAAAUAGUGGCAGUCAAUCACCUCUAGCUCUCUUAGCAGCAACCUGUAGCCGACUUGGCCCCGCCAACAUGGGGCCAGAACAGGACAAAGAACAGCAGCAUUACAGCCCACAGCAGCAGCAGCAAGUGCAACAGCAACAACAACAACAACAACAGCAGCAGCAACAACAACAGCAGCAACAACAACAACAACAGCAGCAGCAGCAACAGCAACAACAACAACAGGUCCAACAACUCGUACAACAAGGCGAAGUUGCGCUCAUACAACAAUACCAACAGCCUCACUUGAGGGUCAUCAGCACUGCUGUUGUGCAACAGCUCAGAGCGCAAGGGCUGUCGGGCAAUGAACUGUCUGCGGCGAUUGUCAAUGCAGCAAGCACUGUACCUAAUGGUAUACAAGUUCAACAACCGCAGGUGAUAUCGAUGCAGCAGUUGCAGUCCCUAUUAGGCGGAGGAGUCGUCCAGAGUUCAGAUGGCGCCACUUAUCAGAAUGCGUCACAACCCUUAUUGCAAAUACACCCACAACUUUUACAGCAACAAGCUGGGAACGUGUACGGUAGUUGCCUCGUGGGGGGCGUUGGAGGGGGCAUGGCUCAAAUGCAAACGGUCACUGUUGACGGACAAGAGGCGCUCUUCAUACCAGCACAACAUGCUCAGAAUUUCUCAAGCAUGGGCCAAGUGAGCCUCGUGAAUGGCCAAUUAGUUCGGACACCAGUGUUGCCAGGGGGCUUCCUACAAAACGUCAUGCAUUUACCCACAGAGCAGCAAGCGACGAUCACUAUCCCCGGUACUAACAUAAGCAUCCCUCUGAGUGCCCUCGGGAACCAAGUGAUCAUACCGGGAACGAACCUUUUAUCCGGGGUCCUCCCGAAUCAGUUGAACGUCGUUAGUGGGGGGGAGAAGAAGGACAAGGAACAGAGUGACGCACAAGGAGGGGGCGUGGCAGUCCGCGGUGGGGUGGGCGGAGUGGGGGGCAUGGGCAUGGUGCCAGUGCAAGUGCCCGUGAGCAUGGCCAACGGACACACGGUGUACCAGACCGUGCACGUGCCUAUACACGCGCCGCAUUUGCAGAUUAUACCACAGUUACAACAGAUGCAAGCACAACCCCAGAUGGCGAACGUGCUGACUCCGUCAGGUCAAAUUCAGCAGAUACAAAUCGCUUCACUUGGCAAUGUUCAGCAAAAUGGUGCUACACAAAACGCAGUCAGCGGCUCCCCCACACCCGCUACUAUAACGCUGCAGAUGCCAACGUUGGGCGUUGGGGGGUUAGGCGGUGCGGUCCAAUUGGUUCCAGCGAUGGGACUGCCGGGUGCAGUUCAGUUGGCACAGAUACCACAAGCACAACCGCAAGCGCAGCAACAGCAAACAGUGUCUAUUGGUCAGCAGAUACAACAAGACCCCAAUGAGCCAGGCAAGUGGCAAGUCGUGACGGUGAGCUCUGGCAGCGGUAGCAACGGCAACGCUGCUAGUCCCACCACGGAGUGCGAGGCCAGCAAGCAGAGGUCCGAAAGCCCCAAUGGGGGGAAGCGGUUGGUCAAACGGGUCGCCUGCACUUGUCCGAACUGUGAUCAGGGGGAAAACCGCAUGGUCGAUCGCAAGAAGCAGCACGUCUGCCACAUUCCAGGCUGCAACAAGGUGUACGGCAAGACCUCGCACCUUCGAGCUCACCUGAGAUGGCACUCCGGGGAGAGACCCUUCCUCUGCAAUUGGCUGUUCUGCGGGAAAAGGUUCACCCGGUCAGACGAAUUACAGCGACACAGACGGACACACACAGGAGAAAAGAGAUUCGAGUGCCCCGAGUGCAGUAAACGGUUCAUGAGGUCCGAUCAUUUGGCCAAACAUGUCCGGAUACACACGAAGAAUAGGAUUACUGAGGUGGCGACAUCAACACAGUCUAUGUACUCGGAUUCAGCGGAGGAUAGUUGCGAAGAGAAAAUGAUGCUAACAAUAGAAACGAUACACUCCAAUGAGAACGACGAGAAGCUGGUGAUGAUCAGGCCUGGACCCAAGAUGGAGCCGGAUCAUGUGGACAGUUAG